UUCAUGUCCCAUCCCCAAUCCCUCAUAGCACUUGACGGCCGCCCGUUGGGCACGGGUACGGUGAGGCAAGUAACUGAGUUGGUUUCGAUGCGUAUUCCAUUCCAGGGGCACGUGGAGCGCAUUCGAUUCUUUUUAGUGGAAUCCCCCGCGUACCCACUGGUAUUGGGACAUUCGUGGCUGGUGGAACACCAGCCCCAUAUUAAUUGGGGUAACAAAAUUAAUCCUAUCGCGCAGUGGGGGUCUCGGUGUGAUGACCACUGUCCGCAGGUGCGCUCUCCUUCCUCCUCUCCUCUCAAUGAGACCGAUAUGGGGUCUGAGUUGGACGAGAGGGAGACUGGGUCGGGUUGCAGUCCGGCAUUGUUUCCUGCGGUCUCUGAGGAGCCAGAGGAGAGUCUAGCUUGGGACUCGGUUUGUGACUGGAAUCCGCCGGCAGACGAGUGGGAUGGUAGUUUUAAUUCCGAUUUAGAGGAGGAUUUUAUAUCACAGUCUUCCGAUGGUGAAGAUGAGGCGCAAAUUUUAGGAGCGGUUUCCGUUCCCCUUCCUCCCAAUGUGCCGGAGGAUUACAGGGAAUUAGCGGAAGUGUUCAGCAAAAAAAGGGCCACCACACUGCCGCCGCACCGACCAUAUGACUGCGCCAUAGACCUCUAUCCGGGUACUGUGCCUCCUAGGGGUUCGCUAUAUUCAUUGUCGAUUCCCGAGGGCGAGGCUAUGAGGAGGUACAUUCAAGAAGCAUUAGCUAGUGGGUUUAUUAGACCCUCAACCUCACCGGCAGGGGCCGGAUUCUUUUUUGUAGGAAAGCAAGACGGUAGCCUGAGACCGUGUAUUGAUUACAGAGGUCUCAAUACGAUCACAAUAAAGAAUCGGUACCCGUUGCCCCUUAUGAAUUCGGCAUUUGAGCGCCUCCAAUCGGCAGCUGUAUUUUCUAAGCUCGACCUCCGUAAUGCGUACAAUCUAGUGCGCAUACGUGAGGGCGAUGAAUGGAAGACAGCUUUUAAUACUCACACUGGCCAUUAUGAGUAUUUAGUGAUGCCGUUUGGCCUCACUAACGCCCCUUCUGUGUUUCAGGCGUUCGUUAAUGAUGUGCUCAGGGAGAUGCUGGAGAAAUUCGUAUUUGUCUACCUGGAUGACAUCUUAAUCUUCUCCACCAAUCUCUCUGAGCACAUCAAACAUGUCAAGCAGGUAUUAGCCAAACUCUUAGAGGCUCACCUGUUUGUAAAGGCAGAAAAAUGCGUGUUUCACGCGGACUCCGUCUCGUUUCUGGGGUUUAUUGUGUCUGCAGGAAAGAUCCAAAUGGACCCAGAUAAGGUUUCUGCGGUCAAGAAUUGGCCAACCCCGGAUUCGAUAAAGCAAGUCCAACGAUUUUUAGGAUUUGCUAAUUUUUAUCGGCGGUUUAUCCGCAAUUUUAGCUCCGUGGCUGCGCCCAUCACGGCGCUAACUAAGAAGACGGUGGGGGGUCAGUUCUGCUGGAACCCCCGAGCGGAGUCGGCAUUUGUGGAGCUUAAAAGGAGGUUUUGCUCCGAGCCAAUUUUAAUCACUCCUAAUCCUUCGUUGCCUUUCAUUGUGGAGGUUGAUGCCUCUGAACUAGGGGUUGGGGCCAUCUUAUCUCAGCGGUCUCCCCAGGAUCAGAGGGUGCAUCCCUGCGCUUAUUUCUCUCGUUCUCUGUCUCCUGCCGAGAGAAAUUAUGACGUUGGGGAUCGCGAACUACUGGCUGUCAAGUUGGCAUUAGAGGAGUGGCGUCAUUGGCUCGAGGGAGCGGAGCAUCCGUUCACUGUGUGGACGGAUCAUAAGAACCUCGAAUACGGUCGAAGAACACUAAACCUGACGCACUCUCGCGGAUUUUCGACAAAUCUGACGAGGACCGUCCACCGGAACCCAUCAUUCCGGUUAAUCAGAUCCUCGCUCCGGUUUGUUGGAAAAUCGAGGCGGCUGUUCGUGAGGCGCUACGUCGGGAGCCUGACCCUGGAGGGGGUCCUCCUGACUGUCUCUUUGUCCCGACUGAGGCACGGGCUCAGGGUACAUGGUCUGCCGCUGGACAUCGUGUCGGACCGGGGGCCGCAGUUUGUGGCGCGGUUUUGGAGGGCAUUCUGCGCUCUCCUGGGAUAUUCUCCGUUUGAGGCUCAGAUGGGGUACCAACCGCCGCUAUUCCCUGAGUUGGAGGAUAGCAUGGGCGUGCCGGCUGCGGGGGCUUUUAUCCGGCGUUGUCGGGCCACCUGGAAGAGGGUUCGGGCAUCACUGUUACGCGCCAGCGCCAAUCAAAAGAGGCUGGCUGAUAGGCGUCGUCGUCCGGCCCCAUCUUAUCACGUGGGUCAGCGGGUGUGGUUAUCCACCCGGGACCUGCCGCUGCGGGUGGAGUCCCGGAAGCUCGCUCCUCGCUAUGUAGGGCCAUUUAAAAUCAUCCGCAAAAUCAACCCCGUCACGGUGCGGUUGCAGCUCCCGCGGGCAAUGAGAGUGCAUCCGACCUUUCAUGUCUCUCGUCUCAAGCCUGUUCUUAUCAGUGCGUUGGCUCCGGUGGAAGAUCCUCCACCUCCCCCGCGGUUCCUGGAGGGGGGCCCGGUUUAUACGGUGCGGCGCAUUUUGGCUGAGAGACGGGUAGGCAGGGGUAAACAGUACCUUAUUGACUGGGAGGGCUAUGGCCCGGAGGAGCGGUCAUGGGUCCCUACUAGGGACAUUAUGGACCCAGAAUUGAUAAGGGACUUCCACAGACGCGGGGCCGAGGGUUCGUCUGGAGCCGCCCCUUAG